AUGGUCUUCUCACGCCUUGCUACCCGCGCUGUGCGCCCUGCUGCCGCCUCGCUGCGUGCCUCUCCUCUCUCCUCCUCCCUCAGAUCUACCGGUGCAAUCCGCUCGCUAUCGGCCACUUCUCGCCAGAAUGGCAAGGUCUUGAUGGUGCUGUACGAUGGCUUCGAGCACGCAAAGGAAGAGCCCCAAUUGCUCGGUACCACCGAGAACGAGCUCGGUCUGCGCAAGUGGAUCGAGGAGCAGGGCCACGAGCUCGUCACCACUUCGGACAAGGAGGGCGAGAACUCGACUUUUGACCAGCACCUCGUUGAUGCCGAGGUCAUCAUCACCACCNCCUUCCACCCUGGUUACCUGACCAAGGAGCGUCUGGCCAAGGCCAAGAACCUCAAGAUUGCCGUUACUGCUGGUAUCGGAUCUGACCACGUCGACUUGGACGCUGCCAACAAGACCAACGGCGGUAUCACCGUCGCCGAGGUCACUGGCUCCAACGUUGUUUCCGUUGCCGAGCACGUCGUCAUGACCAUGCUCGUCCUCGUCCGCAACUUUGUGCCCGCCCACGAGCAGAUUGCCGCCGGUGACUGGAACGUUGCCGCCGUGGCCAAGAACGAGUACGAUCUCGAGAACAAGGUCGUCGGUACCGUUGCCGUUGGCCGUAUCGGUGAGCGUGUGCUCCGCCGUCUGAAGGCAUUCGACUGCAAGGAGCUCCUCUACUACGACUACCAGCCCCUGUCGGCCGAGAAGGAGGCCGAGAUUGGCUGCCGUCGUGUCGACAGUCUCGAGGAGAUGCUCGCCCAGUGUGAUGUCGUUACCAUCAACGCUCCCCUGCACGAGAAGACCCGCGGUCUGUUCAACAAGGAACUGAUCUCCAAGAUGAAGAAGGAUGUCGCCGCCGCCCUCAAGUCCGGCCAACUUCGCGGUUACGGAGGUGACGUCUGGUUCNCCCAGCCCGCACCCGCCGACCACNCCCUGCGCACCGCCCAAUACACCCACUGGGGCGGCGGCAACGCCAUGGUCNCCCACAUGUCCGGUACCUCCAUCGAUGCCCAGAAGCGCUAUGCCGCUGGCACAAAGGCCAUCCUCGACUCUUACUUCUCUGGUCGCCACGACUACCGCCCUGAGGACCUUAUUGUCAAGGGUGGUGACUAUGCUACCAAGGCUUAUGGUGAGCGCAAGCAGGCUAGACAGAGCUCGUAG